CUGUGUAAGGAAGCGCAUUGUUCAAAAACAAAAACGCAGUCGGGACUCAGCUGGGACUGAGAGAGCGCUUCGUCAUCGAGACACAGAGGAUUUGCUGAACUGAUACAGUUUUAGCUCAGUGUGGUUUAGUUAGGAACGUUGGGCUUUUUUAAAUAACUUAAAAAUAACUUUAAAUAACAUCGCAAUUUCGACAUUCCAGGUAGACAGGCAUGGCGAUGUCUGAACUGGCGAUGUCAUCUCCGUGUGGAUGUCCCUUUGAUGAGGAGGAGGAAAUGCCUGUGUUGGAGUCUACAGCAGCAGAGCAUGGAGGUCUGGCCAGACCACGUCUACCAGAGAUCUCUGUUAUCUCCCCAGGCCUGGACACCAGGCCAUCCAUUAUAGGACCGAAAGCAGCAGCGAAGCCUCAAAGCUGUGAUGAAGGAACCACUGAGAGGGUGAAGGUUUUCCUGCGCAUCCGGCCGAUUACUGAUGCAGAGGCAGUGAGAGGAGAAGAGCAGGGUUGUGUGGUUAUCCAAGAUGAAGAGACUCUAUUGCUUAAAGCUCCAAAUGAUUCUCAGAACAUGAGAGCAGCAGAGAGAGGCAUCAUGCCGAGUAUUCACAAGUUCAGUUUCACAAAGAUUUUUGGUCCUGAGACAACACAGCAACAGUUUUAUGAGAGCACAAUGAAGAUGAUGGUGAAGGAUGUGCUUCGAGGAGAAAACCGACUGCUCUACACUUACGGCGUAACCAAUUCUGGAAAGACUUACACCAUUCAAGGCAGUGGUCGAGAGGCAGGCCUGCUCCCCCGGACUUUAGUGUCUCUGUUUAGGAAACUGCAGGGCCGUCUCUACUGUGCCAUGGACCUGAAGCCCAUCUUGUCUCAGGAUGUGAGGCACCUUGGUCCCGGUGAGGUCAGGGUGGAGGAAAGCCGCAGAAACUCUCUGCUCAAAGAGGAUAGGAAUUCUCGUUGCGCUGGUGCCACUACAGUCUGGGAUAGUGGCAUUGGAGGACUCUCUGCUACCAGUAACUUUGCCACUCAGCUGGAAGACACUGACAGUGUUUGCCUGGAGCCGGACAGCCUUUCGAACAGCGGCGAGGACGACCUGGAGGAAGGAAUGCAGUUUUCAAUCUGGGUGUCCUUCUAUGAAAUCUAUAACGAGUUCCUGUAUGACUUACUGGAUGCUUCGCCCUCCCAGCAGCCGCGGAAAAGAGUCACAUUGCGGCUAAGUGACGACAGACAGGGCAACCCCUACGUGAAAGACCUGACCUGGAUACAAGUCCGCAGCGCUGAAGAAGCCUGGAGGAUUCUGAGAGUUGGACAUCGCAACCAGAGCUUCGCCAGCACUCACCUCAACCAGAACUCCAGUCGCAGCCACAGCAUCUUUUCUAUCCGUGUCCUGCACAUCCACCCAGGGGCAAAUUCAGGCCAGGCCAUGCACAUCAGCAAGCUGACUGUGUGUGAUUUGGCUGGGUCUGAACGCUGUAAAGAGCAGCGUAAUGGUGAGAGGAUGAAGGAGGCCAACAACAUCAACACCUCCCUCUUAACACUGGGGCGCUGCAUUGCUGCUCUGAGGCAUAAUCAGAACAAGUCACGGCCCCCUCAAGUGGUGCCUUUCAGGGACAGCAAGCUGACUCGUGUUCUGCAGGGUUUCUUCUGUGGGCAAGGAACCUCCACCAUGGUGGUCAACAUCAAUCCAUGUGCCUCCAUCUAUGACGAGACCCUCCAGGCCCUCAAAUUCUCUGCCAUUGCCACCCAGCUCGUCCAUGGCCCGUCCACAAAGACCAGAGUAGCCUACAUCCUCUCUCUUCUUCGUGAGCCAACAGCAAAUGGUAAUGAAAGCACGGUGAUGGAGGAGGAAGAGGAUGAUAGUGAUAUCGAGGAUGAUAGUGAUAUCGAGGAUGGAGACAUCACCAUGUUGGAUACUAAGGCUUUGCUUCAGACCAUUGAUGUUCUGAAGAGAGAAGUGCAUCGCCAGCGGGAAGAGAAACAAGUUCUCGAAGCAAAUGUGAGAGAGCAGGUGGUCUCUGAGGUGAUGGAGGUCAUCUCUAAAAUGCAAGAUGAUUUCAGAGAGAGUUUGGAUGCUGAGAGGGCGCUAAUUGAAGAGAGGUAUGAAGACAAGAUAAGUAUCCUGCAGAAACAUCUGAAGAAGUUCUACACCCAGGAGCUGAAGGAACGUGACCAGGAGAUUGAAGCUUUGUUUGCUGCUCUUGAAGAAGAAAAAAAGAAGGUAAAUGAAGCAGCCUCCACGACAGCGCCACCGGAAGAUGCUGAUGGCCCUCGACGUUCUCAGCGCCUCACGACUCAGAACGAACUUGGCAGGCUCUGUGCGGAACUUGACCAGUGCCGUGCUGAGCUGUUUACCAAGACUCAAGAGGUGACUAAGCUUAAGAUGCAACUUCAAGCACCAGGUUCUACUGGCACCCUCACCGGUGCUGCUGAUCGCAAGCUGGAAGAGGGUCAGCGGAACCUACGUCAGCUGCGCCUGGAUUUGCAGAGGCUGGGGCUGGACCUGCAGUCUGGUGAAAGAGCCUGCUGUCGCAACACGGGAGGGGAAAGGCUGCGCCACGCAUUAACAGCUGCAGAUAACACACUAGCCAAACAGGGCCAGAUCCUCAUGGAGCUCCAGAACGACCUGAUGCUGGUCAAAGCUGACUUGAGGCGGAAAGUGGAGACCCUGGCCCAAAUGCAAUCCCUCCAUCCCCAGCUACCGCACUCUGGUUUUGCCAUCCCUAGUACACCAGGUUCCUGCAAGAAGAGAGGCUGUGGGGCUGUCGCACCGAGCGACCCUGAAAAUCGACCUCCACAAAAACGACAGUUUUUCCAGUCUCUGUUUGCAUCCCGUACCCCAACACGUAAAUACAACACUCGUGCUCCUGAAGAAGUAAACCAGACCCCCUCCUCAAGGAUCUUGCGGUCUCGUCAGCCGUCUCCACCUCCCAGCCCGGUCAUCACCUCUCUUAAUCGCAGGGGGAAGUAUUAAGCUUUAAGGCAAGUCCUUUCUGAUAUAACCCCCCCCCAAAAAAAAUGUUGAGUUGCUGUUGUCUUUAUAUUAUUUUUAUAUUGUUUUGCAUACAUAUUUACUUUGAACAAUUCUGUUCUGCCAGUAACAGUUAAUGCUUUAAGUUGAGGUAACGCUGCUGUGUUGCUAAGGAACUAUGUGGUUAAAAUAGUGCAUGUGUGUUAUCUAACCUCUCUGCAACUCCACUUGGUGCCUGUGCUGUACUUUUUUUCCUUUCAAAAAUAAAUCUUCAUAGGAUUUAUUUGUGAACAGUCUAAGUACAUUCACAUUUAAAACUGUAGUAAAUUAUUUUACUGUUUUCAAUACUUUGUAUACAAAGCUAGUAUGCUGAAAACUAUUUACAUAUAAACAGCACUGAUGAGGAAAUCAGAUUUGUGUGCUUUGUACUGUUUAUUAGGCUGUAGUGUGUCUGUAAUAUACAUGUUCGAUUGAGGCCUUCCUUGUCUGAAUGUCCGUUUUCUCUUAAGCAUCUUUGUAACUCUUUUUAGUGUGAAAUGCACUACCAUUAAACCUUG